UCUAUUUCCCGAUCUAUCGAUUGUACGAGAGCUCCGAGGACGGCAUCUCUCAAGCCAAUGCAAAUCGUACAAUGUGCGAUAUGUCACCAAGAUUAGAUAGUUACCUGCUGCAAUCCUUCUCAGAUAGUUGAUUUGAUGACAGAUAUCCUUUUCGGUACCUAAUUCUACAUCCGAUACUGUUUUGACCAUGUCUAGAAAGACAAUAUACACGGAAGACGCGCCAGCCGCCCCACUCAACGCUUCACAGGCGGUAGUAUGCAACGGUAUGGUUCAUUGCUCUGGUAGCCUUGCGCUCGAGGGGAAAACGAUGCAGAUCAUCCCGGGAGGUAUACAAGCAGAGACACAUCGGGUACUUGAAAACCUGUCCACCAUACUCAAAGCAGCUGGUAGUAGCCUUGCUAGCGUUAUCAAACUUAACAUCUUUAUCACCUCCAUGGACGACUUCAAGGCCAUGAAUGAAGUAUAUGAUAAGUUCUUCUCCAAAUUCGAUCAGAAACCGUGCCGGACGUGCAUACCGGUUCCGCAGCUGGCUCUCGGUGCCAAAGUCGAGAUGGAUUGUGUCGCAGUUUUGGAGAUGCCAAUUGCGAGACUGUAAGCGUGACCGGGGUGUAGGUGCGGUUCUCUUUGGUCGUGAUGGUUCGGAAGAUGUAGCUGUUGGGAACGUGCAGGAGCUGGGAGGGUGCGGCCGACGCCUUGCCUG